UACCAAAAUAAUUCAACAAGACAAUAAAAAUAAUUUUUUUUUUUUUUUUACGUGCCUUUUAUAUACAAAAAGGAUAGUGAAAUGUUUUUCUUCUUCUUCUUCUUCUUCUUCCUUUUCUUUCUUUUUUUUCUUUGAGAGACUGAGUUUGCUGAAGUUUUCUUGUUUAUUACUCAAUUAUGGGUUGGUGAAUUUUCUCAUUGAAUUCUUCAAAUACAUUAUAUUACUCUAUUUUACAUAUUGGGUUGUUCUCAAAAUCUCAUCUUUAAGCUCAGAAGGAAUUUCAUGAUACUGGUGGAGAAAGAGAGUAGUAGUAGAUGGGGAAUAACUGUGUUAAUGCAAAGAUCUCAAAGGAUGGAAUCUUCAGCUACUCUUGGUGGUCGCGAUCACCAGAGUUGAUCGAGUAUGAGAAAAAGGAAAGCACUUCCCAAGCAUCUACUAGUCAAAAAGAGACUGAAGGUCCUAAUUCCGUUCAGAAUAAUCCGCCUGAACCGGUGAAGAUAGAAAGUAAGCCAUCAGAUAUAAAAGGGCCCGAGCAGGUUAUCAUUAUAUUGACGGAUGAGAAGAAAGAUGCUCGGGUGGUGAAACCAGAAGACAUGAUCAAGAUAAUAGUCGAGGAAAAGGAAAAGCCAGCUGAGCCUGAAAAACCGAGGAAGCCUCAUAAUGUGAAGAGGAUGGCUAGUGCAGGACUCCAAGUUGAUUCUGUUUUGAAAACCAAAACCGGUCAUCUAAAGGAGUACUAUAAUCUAGGUGAAAAACUCGGUCAUGGACAAUUUGGUACCACAUUCCUCUGUAUAGAAAAGGGAACAGGAAAGAAGUAUGCUUGUAAGUCUAUUGCAAAAAGGAAGUUGUUGACAGAUGAAGAUGUGGAAGAUGUACGGAGAGAAAUCCAGAUCAUGCAUCACUUGUCGGGACUUCCAAACGUUAUUUCAAUCAAAGGGGCUUAUGAAGAUGCUGUGGCGGUUCAUGUUGUGAUGGAAUUGUGUACUGGAGGCGAGCUAUUUGAUCGGAUUGUUAAGCGGGGCCACUACUCGGAGAGACAAGCUGCUGAGCUUGCAAGAACGAUAGUUGGCGUGGUAGAGGCUUGCCACUCUCUCGGAGUGAUGCAUCGGGACCUUAAGCCUGAAAAUUUUCUCUUUGUCAAUGAGGAAGAGGAUUCGCCUCUUAAGACUAUAGAUUUCGGGCUUUCAAUGUUCUUCAAGCCAGGGCAAAUAUUCGAUGAUGUUGUUGGAAGCCCUUAUUAUGUUGCUCCAGAAGUUUUACGUAAGCGUUAUGGUCCAGAGGCUGAUAUCUGGAGUGCAGGUGUUAUAAUUUACAUUCUUCUAAGUGGCAUUCCUCCAUUUUGGGGCGAAAGUGAACAGGAAAUAUUUGAUGAAGUUUUAAAUGGUGAUAUUGACUUCGAGUUGGAUCCUUGGCCUAAAAUUUCUCAAGGUGCGAAAGACUUGGUCAGGAGAAUGCUUGUCAGAGACCCUAAAAAACGACUAACAGCAUAUGAAGUUUUAUGUCAUCCUUGGGUGCAGAUUGAUGGUGUGGCCCCAGAUAAGCCUCUUGAUUCUGCAAUAUUUACGCGCUUAACGCAGUUUUCUGCUAUGAACAAGUUGAAGAAAAUGGCUAUCAGGGUUAUUGCAGAGAGACUUUCAGAAGAGGAAAUCGCUGGCUUGAAAGAGAUGUUCAAGAUGAUUGACACAGAUAACAGUGGCCAAAUUACUUUCAAUGAGCUAAAGAUAGGAUUAAAGAAAUUUGGAUCUAAUCUUAAUGAAUCAGAGAUACACGAUUUGAUGAAGGCUGCGGAUAUUGACAAUAGUGGAACGAUUGACUAUGGGGAGUUUGUAGCUGCAAUGUUGCACGCCAACAAAAUCGAGAAGGAAGAUUAUUUGUUUGCAGCUUUCUCAUAUUUCGACAAAGAUGGAAGCGGAUAUAUUACAUCUGAUGAGCUCCAAAAGGCCUGUGAGGAAUUCGGCAUUGGGGAUGUUCACUUGGAAGAAAUGAUACAAGAAGCUGAUCAAGACAAUGAUGGUCGGAUCGAUUAUAAUGAGUUUGUGGCCAUGAUGCACAAAGGAAAUGCAGAUUUGGGUAAGAAACGGAUGCCAAAUAAUUUUAACAUCGGAUUUAGGGAGGCGAUGGUGGCAUGCUGACAGGCGGAUGUAGUCUUUAAGAUAACUUCAAAUCCAGAUCUUAUAUAUUCGUUAAGAAAUUAAUUAAAUAUGUAUAAAAGUUAAAUUCAAAACCAGAUUACUAGCACUUGAGGUAACUGACCUAAAAUUUAGAACUCAUAAAAGUCAAAUCUUGAAUCCGCUUCUGUUUGCCGAUACCGUUAUGACCUUUUAUUAAUUCCUCUGUUUCCUUUUUUAUAGUUCCAUGUUUUCAAGUUGUAUGGAAGUGUAGCAGGUUUAAACAUAUCAUUUGAUGCUGGCUCAUAGCAAAUGCCAGCUCUCUUUCAUGGA